UACUAUUACUUCCUUUUUAUUUGUAGACUAUAAGUUGAACGACUGAAGGAUUAAACUAAUUUGAAAUGUACUGCAAAUGGUAGACACCGUUUACAAAGAGAGUUAUCUCAGAAGGUAUGAAAAGGUCCAGAGAGACAGAAAGAGAGAGAGAGUGAGAAAGACCUUGCCACAUACGGACUGAUUGUGUCCAUGUUGACACUGGCCGCCCUUGUUGUUCCGAAACGACCCAAAGGCCUGCAGCGAGGACUGUAGCAACUGAGGCACCGAAUUCACCGGCGACCGCGAGUAAAAGCAAAAGUGUAUGAAAACGAAAGCAAAAAGGGAGGGCAAAAAAAAUGCACGCACUCAGCCUCUUUCACCGGUGGGGCCGUUUCUCGCGAGGGGAAUAUCCGUACACGCGGUGAACGCCGGUGACGACGCGGUGGUUGCGGUUUUGUGGUUUUGCGCGCGCCGUAACGGAUAUAAAUUGCUUCUGCACCCUAUCGGACUGUUUUAGUUCGGUUCCUUCGGUUGGUCGGAUAAAAUCGUACAAACUAGUGCAAACACCACAACAACAAUCCACGUGCUUUCUUUGUGUGUUUUUUUAAACAUGUGCAAUAGACUGUUCGAUGGUAGCAGGUUGUUUGGAUUCUAAUGAAAUUGCCGGCUUUUGAAGUUUAUUAUUGAAGAGUGUUUCGUAUAGUGCAGACUUUUGCUUCAGGAACUAGUGUGCAUUUAGAGGAUAAUUAUUUCACACGUGUGUAAAGUGAUCGUUUGAAGCAAGGACCGAACUGAGCAGAACAGAACUUAGUAGUUUGGAGUAGGAUAAUAUCAAAUGUCAAAAGAAUGAUCAGAAUGGUACGUUUGAAUUUGAUCGUUUGGAUUGGUUGCUGUGCCUGUUUGCUACUGCAGGCACCUUGGGUUGUGGCGGCAGGGCAUGAUCCACCGCCCGGGAACCGACCCAUCCAGCUGGAAGAUAUCGAGCGGGACAAUCUCAACAGUGAACGGCAAGUGUUCAAAAAGGAAGCCAUCGCUCAACAGCAGCACCAACAUGGAGCUAGUUCGACCCAAAGCAACAAUCACUACACGGUCCAGAUACAGCACCAUCCGGGCAGUGCCGCCGGUACGCACAGUUCCGUCAAAUACGUAACACCACUUCCGGUUCCAACGCAGACGCUUACCUACACGAAAGAUCAUGCCGUACCGCAACAGUACGUCAACAUCCCGCAACAGCAACCUUCGUCCCAGCAUCAUCAACACCAUCAACAGGUACCGCAGGUGCAUGAGGAUCAUUCCACCUACACGGUUCCAUCCCGCCAAUCGCUACUGCAACCCGUUAUCGGUGGAGGUGGUCCGGCCUCCCCCUAUCUGACACCGCAACCGCAGUACGUGUAUGUGCAGGCCCGACCCCAACAGCUGCCACAGUAUGCGGCCGACAACAAUCUGCCCCAAUCGCUGCUACACAUCCUGCCACAAAAUUCGCAAGCUUAUAUCAUGAUUCCAACGCCAUACUACCAGCAGCAACCACACCACGUUCCAUCGUCACCGACUGGUCCAGCAUUGCCGUCUAUCGCACCGGCACCAUCAUCGACACCGCCCCAUUCCGCCCAGCAGCUGGCCGCGUAUGUCAACGACCCGGACAACCACAUCCAAACCUACUCUCACGGUGAAACUGGAGCACAUUCACCGGGUGCCGGUCCCUCGACGGUUCAGCCUACGCCACAGCCCGACAUCGUGUACGCAGCGUCCUCUACACCUGCCCCGCCCCGCCACCAAUCACCUUCGACGGAGUUCUCCAUCGUGAAGAGUGUUGAGCAGCCGGUCUACUUCUCACACGACCUUCCACCAGCGCAACCGAAUAAGCAUCUCCAGCUUGGGGACGGACCGCAGCAACAACACUACGGUGCACUACAGUUACACCACCCGACUGGAAGACCGUUUCUGCCACCACAUUCUCCACCGCAGCAACUGCAUCAUCAUGUUGCUCCCGUACCUUAUCCGCCAUACGUACAAUCGCACGGACAUGCAACGGCGGGACCGACCCAUUCAUUCGCUCCACAGUUUUAUCCUUCACUCGCACACCCGAACAAUGGAAUAUUGAACUACUACGGGGUACAGCAUCGUCCACCUACUAGUCUGCUUGACUCGUACGUACCAUCCUCGCUACAGCUUGCCAAAACGCCACUCUACACGACGAAGUUGACGCCGCACACGUACGCACCAGUGCAUCAACCCGUCCAUCAUGCACAUCCCCACCAUCAGCGUGUACCGGCCCACUUCUAUCAACCGGGCGUUCCGGUGUAUCCGUUGAGUCCACUCCAUACAACCGUUCUUCAACCGGCAGGUCAUGUGCAGCCUCUGCACAGUGCCGCAACGCAACCCCUUCUUGGACAUGUUCCAUCGGGUCCGGCAACAGCACCCGGGUACAAUACGAUCGCCUAUUCCGUGCCGCUAGCAUUCACGAAAACAUCCGCCCAGUACAAACGAUCGCCGGGAUUGUUUAGUGUGGCAGGAUUUGCAAAAUCAACUGGGUUGGCCACAACCAAACUGCAACCGGCAAAGCAGUUCCAAUAGGCAAAGGAACCUGCGUCGGGUAUAGUCGUUAAUUUAUUUAGUUGAUAGAAUAAAAAUUGUUGCGAAAGUUGUU